GUAGGAUUUGACAGGAGCUUUGACCUGCGAGGGGCACCGACGCCGACCGAGUGGAUUCCGUUAUGACAAGAACCGCUUGGUUCCAGAAUAGACGCUUCGUUGAGGUUUGACCGGCAAUGCCCGAGUGCUGAUUCGAAAUGUCUGGUUCUCACCCCGGACCGGCGGAGGUCCAGCGGAACUGAUGGGUCUGACCACGGACUCGGACUCCAACCCUCGGUGAUCGGUUCUACUAAAGACGCGGACAUGGCUGACAGGACCGCCCCCAACUGCCACCUGAGACUGGAGUGGGUGUACGGAUACCGGGGACACCAGUGCCGCAACAACCUGUACUACACUGCCGCCAAGGAGAUCGUCUACUUCGUGGCCGGCGUGGGAGUCGUGUACAACACCCGGGAGCACAAGCAGAAAUUCUACCUGGGACACAACGAUGACAUCAUCAGUUUAGCGCUGCAUCCGGAGCGGGUCCUGGUGGCCACGGGACAGGUGGGCAAGGAGCCCUACAUCUGCGUGUGGGACUCCUACACUGUGCAGACGGUGUCCAUCCUCAAAGACGUGCACUCGCAUGGAAUCGCCUGUCUGGCCUUUGACCUUGAAGGACAGUGCUUGGUGUCUGUCGGUCUGGAUUCCAAAAACACAAUCUGUGUGUGGGACUGGAGGCGAGGGAAGGUUCUGGCAGCUGCUCCUGGUCACACAGACAGGAUCUUCGACAUAUCGUGGGAUUUGUACCAGCCGAGCAAGUUGGUGAGCUGCGGGGUGAAACAUAUCAAGUUCUGGAGCUUGUGUGGCAACGCUCUCACUCCCAAACGCGGCGUCUUUGGCAAGUCGGGCGACCUCCAAACCAUCCUCUGCCUGGCAUGUGCGAAAGACGAGAUCACCUACUCGGGUGCCUUGAACGGGGACAUCUACGUUUGGAAGGGGAUCAACCUGAUGAGGACGGUCCAGGGAGCUCACGGGUCAGGGAUUUUCAGCAUGAAUGCCUGCGAAGAGGGCUUCGCCACCGGGGGCCGAGAUGGUUGCGUCCGGCUGUGGGAUCUCAACUUCAAACCAAUUACUGUCAUCGAUCUCAGGGAAACCGACCAGGGAUACAAAGGCUUGUCUGUGCGAAGCGUCUGCUGGCGAGGAGAUCACAUCCUGGUCGGCACCCAGGACAGCGAGAUCUUUGAGGUUGUGGUCCACGACCGGAACAAGCCUUUCCUCAUCAUGCAGGGCCACUGUGAGGGCGAGCUGUGGGCGCUGGCCGUGCAUCCCACCAAGCCCCUGGCUAUGACGGGCAGCGACGACCGCUCAGUCAGGAUCUGGAGUCUGAUCGAUCACGCGCUGAUCGCUCGCUGUAACAUGGAGGAGCCCAUCCGCUGCGCUGCCGUCAGCACCGACGGCAUCCACCUGGCCUUGGGGAUGAAGGACGGCUCCUUCACGGUGCUGCGAGUCAGAGACAUGACAGAGGUGGUGCACAUCAAGGACAGGAAGGAGGCCAUCCACGAGCUCAAGUACUCGCCCGACGGCGGCCAUCUCGCCGUCGGCUCCAACGACAACUCGGUGGACGUCUACGGUGUGGUGCAGCGCUACAAGAAGGUGGGCGAGUGUGUCGGCUCCAGCAGCUUCAUCACGCACAUGGACUGGUCCACGGACAGCAAGUUCCUGCAGACCAACGACGGCAGCGGCAGGCGCCUUUUCUACAGGAUGCCAAGCGGGAAGGAGGUGACCAACAGGGAGGAGCUGAAGCUGGUCCAGUGGGCCACAUGGACAUGCGUGCUCGGCCCGGAAGUCAACGGAAUCUGGCCGAAAUACUCCAACAUCAACGAGAUCAACUCUGUAGACGCCAACUUCAACAACCAGGUCCUGGUGACGGCGGACGACUACGGGCUGGUGAAGCUGCUGCGAUACCCCUGCAUUAAAAAAGGUGCGAAAUUUAAGAAGUACUUGGGUCACUCGGCGCACAUCACUAAUGUCAGGUGGUCACAUGACUACCAGUGGGUCGUCACCAUCGGAGGGGCCGAUCAUUCCGUGUUCCAGUGGAAGUUUGUGCCGGAGAGGAAGUCGAAAGAAGCUCUGCACAUCGCACCUCAAGAGACUUUGGCAGACUCUCACAGCGAGGAGUCAGACUCCGAUCAGUCCGACGUGCCGGAGAUGGACUCGGAAAUAGAGCAGGAGACCCAGCUCACGUAUCGAAGACAGGUGUAUAAAGAAGAUCUACCUCAGCUCAAAGAGCAGUGCAAAGAGAAGCAUCGACUGACCACGAUGAAGAAGAAGGAGCGGGCGCCAGGGAACGGAGUCAAGCUGCAUUUCAUCCACGGCUAUCGAGGCUACGACUGCAGAAGUAACUUGUUCUACACCCAGACGGGCGAGAUCGUCUACCACGUGGCAGCUAUCGGAGUGGUGUACAACCGACAGCAGAACACCCAGCGCUUCUACAUGGGCCACGACGAUGACAUCCUCUGUCUGGCCAUCCACCCCCUGAAGGACUACGUUGCCACUGGCCAGGUGGGCCGCGACUCCGCCAUCCACAUCUGGGACACGGAAACGCUGAAGCCGAUGUCGGUGCUGAAAGGUUUCCACCAGCUGGGAGUCUGUGCCCUCGACUUCUCAGCUGACGGCAAGCGGUUGGCGACGGUUGGCCUGGACGACAGUCACACCAUCGUUCUGUGGGACUGGAGGAAGGGUGAGAAGCUGUCCACCAUGCGGGGGAGCAAAGACAAGAUCUUCGUGGUGAAGAUUAACCCCUACGUGCCGGACAAGCUCAUCACAGCUGGAGUCAAGCACAUGAAGUUCUGGCAUAAAGCUGGUGGAGGGUUGAUCGGCCGCAAGGGCAACAUGGGGAAGACGGAGACCAUGAUGUGCGCCGUCUACGGCUGGUCGGAGGAGAUGGUCUUCUCUGGGACGUGCACCGGAGACAUCUGCAUCUGGAGGGACAUGUUCUUGAUGAAGACCGUCAAGGCCCACGACGGCCCGGUGUUCAGCGUCCACGCACUGGAGAAGGGCUUUGUCACCGGUGGGAAGGACGGAAUCGUGGCGUUGUGGGACGACACCUUCGAGAGGUGCUUGAAGACCUACGCCAUCAAGAGGGCGGUGCUGGCUCCGGGUUCUAAAGGUCUUCUACUGGAGGACAAUCCCUCCAUACGUGCCAUUUCUCUGGGCCACGGUCACAUACUGGUGGGGACUAAGAACGGGGAGAUCUUAGAGGUGGACAAGAGCGGACCCAUCACGCUGCUGGUGCAGGGUCACAUGGAAGGGGAGGUCUGGGGCCUGGCCACUCACCCCCAUCUGCCCCUGUGUGCUACCGUCAGCGACGACAAAACCCUGCGGAUAUGGGACCUCUCGCCGAGCCACUGCAUGCUGGCCGUGCGCAAACUCAGGAAAGGGGGGCGCUGCUGCUGCUUCUCCCCGGACGGCAAAGCCCUGGCGGUGGGUCUUAAUGACGGCAGCUUUAUCAUCGUGAACGCCGACACCCUGGAGGACCUGGUGUCCUUCCACCAUCGCAAGGACGUCAUCUCGGACAUCCGCUUCUCUCCAGGCUCGGGGAAGUACCUGGCUGUAGCAUCGGCCGACACGUUCGUGGACAUCUACAACGUGAUGAGCAGCAAGAGAGUGGGCGUGUGCAAGGGGUGUCUCAACUACAUCACUCACCUGGACUGGGACAGGAGAGGGAAGCUGCUGCAAGUCAACACAGGGGCGAAAGAGCAGUUUUUCUUUGAGGCUCCCAGAGGGAAGAGGCAGCACAUUCCAGCGACAGAGGUGGACAAGAUCGACUGGAGCACCUGGACUUGUGUCCUGGGGACGUCUGUUGAGGGCGUCUGGCCCGUCACCAGCGAGGUCACCGAAGUCACCGCCGCCUGCCUUAGCGCCGACAGGAAAGUGCUCGCCACCGGAGACGACUUGGGCUACGUCAAACUCUUCCGCUACCCGGUCAAGGGCAAAUACGCCAAGUUCAAGCGCUACGUGGCUCACAGCACGCACGUGACCAACGUGCGCUGGAGCCACGACGACAGCCUGCUGGUGACGGUGGGCGGGGCCGACACCUGCCUCAUGAUUUGGGCUCACGAGCCGGAGAGCCGCCGGGAGCUGCGGCAGUGCGACAGCGAGGAGUCGGACAUCGAGAGCGACGACGACGGAGGUUACGACAGCGACGUGACCAGGGAGAAUGAGAUCACCUACACCGUCAAGGCCUUAUCCAGCAGCAUGCGCCCCAUGACGGGGGUUAAACCUCACCUGCAGCUGAAGGAGCCCACCGUGGACGAAAGACAAGGUGUCGUCAGAGGCUCCAGGCCUCCAGUCAGUCGAGCGCUUCCCCUGCCAGAGAAGCUGCAGACCAACAACGUGGGCAAGAAGAAGAGGCCGAUCGAAGACCUGGUGCUGGAACUGGUGUUCGGUUACCGUGGCAACGACUGCCGCAACAACGUGCACUACCUGAACGACGGCGCCGACAUCAUCUACCACACGGCGUCGGUCGGCAUCGUGCUCAACCUGACCACCUCCUGCCAGAGCUUCUACGUCGAACACAGCGACGACAUUCUGUGCCUGACCAUCAAUCAGCACCCCAAGUUCCCCAACGUGGUGGCGACGGGCCAAGUGGGUGACACCGGAGACAUGUCGGCGACGUCCCCGUCCAUCCACGUGUGGGACGCCAUGACCAAACAGACGCUGUCGGUGCUGCGCUGCUUCCACUCUGGUGGCGUCUGCUCAGUCAGCUUCAGCGCCACGGGGAAGCUGCUGCUGUCGGUGGGUUUGGACCCGGAGCACACUGUCACCAUCUGGAAGUGGCAGGAAGGUACUAAAGUGGCCAGCAGGGUCGGUCACUCCCAGAGGAUCUUCGUGGCCGAGUUCCGACCCGACUCGGACACCAACUUCGUGUCGGUCGGCAUCAAACACGUGCGCUUCUGGACGCUGGCCGGCCGAGCGCUGCUGAGUAAGAAAGGAGUAAUGAGCGCCAUCGAGGACGCUCGCAUGCAGACCAUGUUGUCGGUGGCUUUCGGAGCAAAUAACUUGACGUUUACAGGUACCAUUAGUGGGGAUGUGUGUGUGUGGAAGGAGCACGUUCUAGUCAGGAUAGUGGCCAAGGCCCACACCGGGCCGGUCUUCACCAUGUACACCACCCUGAGGGACGGGCUCAUCGUCACGGGGGGCAAGGAGCGACCAUCCAAAGAGGGCGGAGCUCUGAAGCUCUGGGACCAGGAGCUGAAGCGUUGCCGGGCCUUUCGCUUGGAGACGGGACAGAUCAUCGACUGCGUUCGCUCCGUGUGCCGGGGGAAGGGAAAAAUCCUGGUGGGAACCCGGAACGCUGAGAUCAUCGAGGUCGGGGAGAAGAACGCCGCCUGCAACAUCCUGGUCAAUGGACACAUGGACGGACCCAUCUGGGGUCUGGGGACGCACCCGUCCAGGGACGUGUUCCUGUCGGCCGCGGAGGAUGGGACGGUGCGUCUGUGGGACAUCCCAGAGAAGAAGAUGCUGAACAAGGUGAACCUGGGCCACCCGGCCUGUACUGUCAGCUACAGUCCAGAGGGGGACAUGGUGGCCAUCGGCAUGAAGAACGGAGAGUUCAUCAUCCUCCUGGUCGCCUCACUCAAGAUCUGGGGCAAGAAGCGAGACCGCCGCUCCUCCAUCCAGGACAUCAGGUUCAGUCCCAACUCUCGAUACCUGGCCGUGGGGUCGGCUGAGAGCGCCGUGGACUUCUACGACCUGACGCUCGGGCCGCAGCUGAACCGGAUCAACUGCUGCCGGGACAUCCCCAGCUUCGUCAUGCAGAUGGACUUCUCGGCCGACAGCGUCCACAUCCAGGUCUCCACCGGGGCGUACAAGCGUCUGGUGUACGAGGUUCCGUCCGGGAAGCCCAUCACCGAGCAGAACCAGAUCGACAGAAUCACCUGGGCCAGCUGGACUAGCGUGCUCGGGGACGAGGUGGUGGGGAUCUGGUCCCGGACCUCCGACAAGGCCGACGUCACGUGUGCCUCCGUGUCCCACUCGGGUCUCAACAUGGUGACCGGGGACGACUUCGGCAUGGUCCGGCUCUUCGACUUCCCCUGUCCAGAGAAGUUUGCCAAACACAAGCGUUUUCUGGGCCACUCGGCUCACCUGACCAACGUGCGCUUCACCAACGGAGACCACUACGUGGUCAGCGCGGGCGGCGACGACAGAAGCCUCUUCGUGUGGAGAUGCGUCCACGCUGCCCACUGAGGAUCCACCUCCCUCACGUCCUCCAGACCCCAGUCUGUCCGCAGCCAUCACGUCUCUCAGUGUGUCUCUUUCUGAAUCCACCUUUUCUGACCAGCGAGGCGCUCGUUGGAAUGACGUCGUCGUCGGAACGGUUGCAAGCGUCACUGCUGUGUCGUUCUCGUGUUUAGUUCAUCGGAACCGAGUGUCCUUGGGUUCUCACCUUCCUUCCUAGUUCCUCUCUCAUGGAAGCCGUUCUAGAGGUAGAAGUCAGAAUCAGCCUUAAUCUGUGUUUUCAGGUGCGAGGGUUUGGACUCUUCUUUUGUUUUUUUUCUUUAGCAGAUUUCUAUUUUCCAUUUUUACUCCAAAUCCUGUGGCCUUCGUCCUGAAUGUAACGUCCGCGGUUACGUUCGGGACGUCAGCAUGCCAAAGCUACUAUGCACCGUUACGCCCGACCUGCUCACUGUGUCGCCCCGACGGUUCCGGUCUGUUCCUGUGGUUGUGUUGUUAGUGUUCCGCUCAUGACAUGUUGUGUAUCCUUUAAAGCAACACUGCAGGGUCUCUUCAGCGCCCCCUACUUGUCUCGAGCUUAAUCGCGUGAAUGCUCGACAGACUUCAGAUGUUUACCACUAGUUCAACGGCUCGCGGCGCCCCCAUACUUUGGCCUAGAAACUCGGUGAAAACCUUAAAACGUAGCUGCAAUUCUCCUCUGUCGCUCUACAUUCAAUAACCCAAGCAAACUUGUAUUGUUGGCCUCAAGCAACUUGAGAUUUGGCAAAAAUCAGAACGUUAGUGGAGCAGAAAAUCAAAUCGAAAGAAGCAUUUUCAUUCGACGAUUGUGAGCUAACAGUGCACCACAGAAACAUGUAAAUCACCAGUUUUGUAGUCACACUUGUCCUCCCUGGUAUGAUGUGCUCAGAAAAGCUGCAGCAUUUUCACAAUUUGCGUGAGACACAAAACACGCAGACAAACACGGUUUUCGGCUCCAUUGAAAUGGAGAAGGUCAGAGGGAAAUCGCGGCAAAGUUACUCGAUUUCAACUCGCCAUCAUGCACAAACAACUGACUACAGACACUUGAAAUUCAAGUCAGUUAUAGACAAAAGCCUCAGGAAUCUCGCAGUGCGCUAAUUCUUUCGCUAUCUGCUUCGGUUUUCGAGAUAUCGUUUGUUUAGGAGGUAAAGCUGCCACUGUGAGGCAGAGUGAAUCAGCUAAAUAACUUGCUGCUGUGGGAGUGAGAAGGGAGGGGAAGCGUUGCUGUGGCAACCAAACUUCACAGGCUGCUGCAGUACAACUCAAUGGGGAUUUCUAACAGGUUUUCGACUGCUCCCUGCUCGACUGUCUUUUCAGCUACAGACACCAUUCAAAAAUGUAGCUCUGGUCAGCGCAAUCUCACAACUACCACGUACAGCCACGGUACGAAGCGCAUUCACGCGCAGUUUCUUCAGAAACGGCGUUGUAUGUUUAACUACAAAUCGGAUCACGUCAAGUUGCACCACUUCCAAGUCGUAAGAUAACUUUUCAUAUGGAAGUGUCGAUACAAAUCGAGUUUGAUGGCGUAGCAAGCCCAGAAUGAUGCUCAUGUUUAUCGUUUUUAAAACUGGACCCUGGUGAUGUUCUCAUGAUAAAGCUCUCAGUAUUACAUGCGUUCAUCUCUAGCUACAGGAAAUCAUUCAAAUGCUGGGGACACAAUUUUGCCUACAGCCGACGAUCAGUUCCUUCAUGGACCAGUCACGGGGUGGAUGCUGGUUCUCCACAGGGGGGCGCCACCUUAUGGGUAUGCCUUCAGAAGUUUGGCACAGCUUGGAGGAGGCGGCUCCGUGUCCCCAACUGAGACCGUAAAGGUCCGAGCUGGCUCUCACAGUGUUGCUUUAAAGGGUUGGAGUCCGUGGUCUUUGAGUGUGCAUGGCUUCUCGGGAGACAAUCCGUUCAAAACCAAAUUCCUCAGAAACGUGGGGGGGGGGUGAGGUGACUUUUGAUGUUCGAAUGCUCGUCGUGGUCCUUUAUCAAUGUGCUGCUAUUAACAACUAUUAACCGUUUCUACUCUUCAAAUAUCAAUGUCGUGUCAUCGGAUAAUAAAUGGAAUGUUCUAGCCGAGGGCGGGCGGGCGGGUGGGAAGGGGGAGGUAAAAGUCUGCUGCAAACUUUGGUUUCCUUGAUUUCACCAGUGUAGAUAACAUUUGUAGAUAUUCUGUUUUGUAUAUUUUUGUGAGAAGUUUCUUACAUUAAAAAAAAAAAAGGCAACUACGAACCAGAGGUUUUAAGUUUUGAGUGUAUAAAUGUCCCGAGUGUGAACGUGAGUAAACAUGGUGAAAUAUGUUAUCAAACUACUGGUGCUGAAAUAAAUUUUUCUAUUUAUAACAAGGAUAUUUCCACAGCUCCUUCUUUGGUUCCUGGAUUCACCCUUGACAUUUCAACUCACCUUCAUGCUUUUAUUACAAAUUCAGCUGUACAAGUAUAUAUACACAAAGAUUCUCUCUA